AUGGAACAUCACCACCAUCAUCACAACACCCCGCUGCACUGGGGCUACUCGACGGCGGCCGGCAUACCGGUGGCCAGUUCGACGCCGAACCAUCACCAUCAGACCACGUGGACACCGCCGUCCUCCAAGGGCGUCAAGCGAACGCUGUCGGAGUCGCUCUCGGACGACGACGUCUACUCGGAGGAGUCCGGCAAGGAGCACACCUCACCUGGCGAAUCGGACAGCUGUCAAAUGCUAAGUCGGAAGCGACGACGUGGAGUCAUCGAGAAGAAACGCCGGGACCGGAUCAAUUCGUCCCUCUCGGAACUGAAGCGGUUGGUUCCGAGUGCCUACGAGAAGCAGGGCUCCGCCAAGCUGGAAAAGGCCGAAAUUCUGCAACUCACCGUGGACCAUCUGAAGCAGUUGCACGCCAGAGGAUUGGACGACACCAGUUACGAUCCGCAACGGUUCGCGAUGGACUACCACAUCAUCGGAUUCCGGGAAUGCGUCGCCGAAGUCGCUCGCUAUCUAGUCUCGAUCGAAGGAAUGGACGUCCAGGACCCCCUACGGCUUCGCCUCAUGUCUCACCUGCAGUGCUUUUUAACACAGCGAGAACUUUCCUCGAAGGCUAACGCAAGUCCAGGCUGGUCGCACAACAAUUCCUACCAAUCGGCUUAUCCACCCGCAUCCACCUACUACCAUCAGAACUACGCACCACAAAGUGCAUCGUCGUCUGCGGCCUACAUUCCACAGGUUGCUACAAUCCCGACACACGACCAGACGAAUCUGUCGCAUGCAUCGGCCCUGCAAGCGGCUCAUCAGGUGCCGCACACACUUCACUCAUCAGCGUACGCAACAAGUGCCACCGCUAGCUCGCACGAUAUUUACACGAGCCAGCACGAUGCCAGCACUCAUCAACAGCAGGCGCAGCAUUCCCAGCAACAGCAGCAGCAGCCGCAACAGUCGCAAUCGGCAGAUCCAAACGGUCCCACCUACACCGACAUCUCCAACCUGCACCCAAGCAGAACCAUUUCCGCUAGCAUCGGCUACGGAAACGCUCAGUAUCCGGUUAGUACUUCCACCCACGGUUACAGCUCAACUUCCAACAGCUACAACAAUAACAAUUCCUCCAAACCUUAUAGACCCUGGGGAGCAGAAAUGGCGUGCUAA